AUGUUGCUAGUCUCGAAUCCCGGACUAGGCAGUCCUCCGGGGAAGACAAAAUUGAAUGCAAUUGAAGAAGAACCAGAAGAAAUUAAAACUUUAAAAGUUAUUAAUGAAGGUGAUGAGAAGAUGAAAACUGCGGCGAAACUCGACAAGACAUCAGUAGAGAGUGACUCUGGGUGCGAUGAUGAUCCUGAAUCUUUUGACUAUCGAUCCAAGAAGAUAGCAGAGGCAAGAAGAAUGAAAGCAAUUACUGGAAACAUAAGCGACUCGACUGAAGACCUAUCUGGCUCCGAAAGUACAACAGCGUUGAGCAAUUCUUCGAAGACUGCUCAAAGUGGACACAACUCGGACUCGGGCAAUUCCACGGAGAACUCGGUGGCCUCGACAGAGUCUGUCUUGUCGCUUCAUCCGGACGACUUGGACUUCGACGAAAAAUGCACAAGUGCACUUGCGAAGAAUAUUGUUAAGUCAAAUAAUAGCCAAUGUAUACUAGCCGUGAAGGAAUACGCGAGAGAUAAACUCGUACAAGCAGUUAAUGGCUACAAGGUGAAAAUAGCCAUAAUUGGAGAACUUGGGGCGGGUAAAACCACCCUUAUCAAAGAGAUCUUUGGAGGAGGACCGCUGAAAGAAGCAAAACUGAGCAAGGAUAAGCCAACAACAAGCUAUAAAUAUCCGAACCACAAGAACAUCACGUUCACCGAAAUCCCGCAUGUGUCCUCAACCCGCCGCGCCGAUCGAGAAGAAUAUAUGAAAAACAUGAAGCUAUAUAAUUUUGACUUAGUUUUGCUUCUUACAGAUUCACAUAUUCGAGAGUGGAGCAUGUGGCUUGGCCGUCAAUUUAACGAAAAAGAGAUUCCCUUUUUCUACGUUAGAACUAAAAUUGACAAAACCACAGCCGAGGAUCAGGCGAAAUUUCCCAGGACUUAUUGCGAGGAUAGACUUGUCUCGCGCAUCAGACAGCGAUGCAAAGACUCGAUUCAAACUGGAAAGGUAAAAAACACUAGGGCUUAUGUUGUCUCCGCCAGGAACAAGGACAAGUGGGACUUCCGAGCGCUCGUUCAAGCUCUCGGAGAUGAGCUACCGAAGAAUAAACGACGAUCGUUGAAUAUUUGCUUGCCAGCGCUGACUCCUCACAUUAUUCACGAAAAGCAAAAAGCUCAUGCCGCGCGAAUAUGGAUGGUCGCCGCAAUUUCGGUUGCAUCAGGUGUGAUGGACAUUCCCGGCUUCGCGCUGUCGGCGGAUGUCGAGCUGUUGCGCCGCGAAUGUCACAAUUACAAACAUUCGUUUGGCAUCACCGACGCCAUCAUGCACAAACUCUGCCUCGACGAGAACAAUCCAGCUCUGGAAGCAGCUUGGGACCUGAUCUUCUACGACUCCGGCAUUCACUCGAUUCUCCGUCAGGCGUCAAUUGAAAUCGAUCCAACGGACUUGCUCAAGUUCGAAAAGAAAGUUCCUUUGCUCGGAGGAGGAAUCAGUUUCCCUGCAACGUGCAGCACACUUCGAUUUAUUCUGCAGGAGUUGGCGGCGAUGGCUCUUCGUUACGUGUCUCAGGACUUAGACGAGUGCGAUUCGCUAGAUGACGAAGAUACUUUAUCGGAUAUUUCCGAUAUGUCGGACAGAUAG